AUACUCUAUGGAAAUUGCAACAUUAGUACACAAAAAUAUUUAUUAAAUAAAAAAAUAAUUGCAUUAAUAAAAAUAUAAGACGAUAAAGACACUAAAUGGCGAAUAAAGGUGUAAAUGUUGGAUUUGCAAAAUGUUUUAUCAUUUUCAUGGCAGUGGUUAUUUUGGUUGAAGGUCUCGCAUAUAUCGCUCUUGCUAUAGAGGGUAUGCUCUUUUAUGGAUGUAACGAUCAAACUCACGAUAUUGCCAGUGAGCCUUUUAAAUUUGUGACGCAAUUAUUAUACUUCAUAAAUCAAGAUUGUGGUAAUCCAUCUAUCUCAAUAAAUGGAGAGGUAUCAAUCGAUAUUGGCAUUGAUUGGGCAAAAUCAGAAGAAAUUACUAACAGAACAAAUAUAUUUGCCAUAACAUAUUCCGCUGUAAGCUUAGCAUGGGUUAUUACUUCACUGGUUGUAUUAUUUACAAUUUGUUGCCGUACUACAAAAAUACUUACGGUUUUCGUCUUUUGGCCAUGGUUUUUAGUUAUAAUAGCUGGAAGCAUACUGGAUGCUGUAGCAACUGGUUAUCAUAUUGUUGAUAUAGUGCACACAACAUCAGCCGAUGAGACUUUCGACUAUAUAGGCAUCUCUGCACCAGAAAUAGUUAUGAACCAGUUAAGGGCAUACGAUGUUUACUUCAUUACACCAGCUAUUGUUAUGACAUGUAUAAGCUCUAGAGUGGUAAUCAUAUGGUUUUUGAAUAUUUUUGGUGCUUGCUUCUGUCUUUCGCUCUCAAGAGUAUUGGCACAAGAUAAUGCAGCACAACGUAGAAAACAUGUUGCUUCUGCACCAACAACAGCAACUGCAGGAAACGAACCGCCAAGAGCUGAAAUUACAAUUACUGAACAAGUAAUUGUACCUCAUUCACAAAUGCAGCAUCAACCACAAAUUCAGACUCAACCACAAAUUCAGAGUCAACCACAAAUUCAGCCUCAACCACAAAUUCAACUAACUGCACAGCAAAUGCAACAGCCUCAACAAUUCCAGCAAACACAAUAUCCUCAAAAUUUAAGGCUGAAUGUACAAGAACGCACACCAGAAUAUAAAAUUGCGCCUAUAGCUGUUUAUCCUCCAAGUGCACCAUCACCAGAUAUGCGCCAAGCUGAACCGCAAGCUAACAUUGUAAAUAAUAAUACCACAUAUCGGCAGACAACUAGUCAUCCAGAUGUACUCGAUUAUCCGCCCCAACCAUUAGCAGAUCACCGUGCAUCGCCAGUGGAAUUAUCACCAACAUCGCCGUUAAACGAUAGAUACUCUCAGCCGCCUUCUUUUUCAAAUAAAAGCCAACCACAACGUGUAAGCGCGGAAUUAAGAAGUCAGCUACCAUGGUCAUAUACUAACAUGGCAGCUAAACCACAACCACCUCGUAAACCACCAACAAUACCAGAGCCUGAUUAUAUAUUAGAGGAGUCUGGCAAUAUUAAUCAACAAACACCGCAGCAAUUAUACCCAAAACUAUAAAAAUAAAAUAUAAUAUAUAAUAAAUGUUAGUUGUUAAAC